AUGUAUAAAUAUACGGAGAAACUGAGUUCAUUGCAUGCGAAUGCUAUGUCAUCUCUCAUCAACGGUCAUUCGCUUGUUCAUCCUGACCAUCCACUGCAUAAACCAGGCGAAGACGGCAUCACGCUCUAUAUAGGUAUUGACAAGAUUGGUAAACCCCGACUGUUCUUCUCACUCCAUCAAAUCCAGUAUCUUCAAUAUUACAUACACGAGAUGCGACUCACCACACCCUCAUGGGCUGAAUACCAUAAUAAUCGCACCGACCUUUUAUUUGAAGGGAAAGAGGAAGAAGCUGAUCAACUUGAAAUACCAUCGCUGGAGGAAGGUAAAGAUGAUUGGGUACCUUUACCGAGUAUCUUGUGUAAAGCAAGAGAUCUAGUUUCUGUAGAACCUAUCACGAUAAACUCCAAUAUCUAUAUGAAGGAAAUCUAUAAGCGAGUCACGAAAGACGGCAAAACAGCUGAAAGAUAUGCAAGAAACGGUCUACCAGUACCAGAGUUCGAUCCAAAGCGUUUCGAAGCUAUCAAAGAUAAUAUCACCCCUGGACCUGGAUUGAGAAAAGGUCCAGAGAGACAAGGUAGAAAUCACGAUAGAGUGGAAGAAGCAGCUGAAGGAACAGGUUGGGGUGGAUUUCCCCUUGUCAAAGAAAAAGAUCACAGCAAAGAUGCAGAUGAUUCAGCUCCCGUCAUCAAUCGUUCACCUCCCGAGAACGAUUUUGACGGUGGCGACCAAGAUCAUCCUCCGACACCAUCCACCCCAUUCAUCGAUCUAGGCAUGUCAUAUUUCUACCACUGUCAACGAGCCUUCAUUCUCGCGAUAAGUGGGGGUUUACUCGCGUCUCUUCCCGACACCCAACGACCUGCUCCAGGAGAAGAGGAUGACGAAGGACCAAUGUCGUUGAUACCUCCUGAAAUCGGAAGAAGUCUGUUCAUCUCUCUUGCCGUGACUAGAUACGAGAAAGACCCCUCAGUAUUACUUGAAGUCGGAUACUCUGCUAUCUGGUGGCAAAAGAUUCCUCAAGAAAUCGAGAGGAAAGAAGGUGAAGCGAACAUGGAUUAUGAGGAGAUGAGAGAUUCGGGUCAUUUCAUUAUCCAAGAACAUAUACUUGACAAGAAGAAUGGCGAGGUCCGACCGGACUAUCGAGAUGGGUACCUUUUUGGAGAUUCCUUGCCGUUGCAGAAAGAUAAAAUCCGUUCUACGAUUAAACAGAAGAUCAAGGAGCUUUCUGUUAGAGCUGGAAACGGACCUAUAUACAUCGUAAAUCAUACUGCGGAAGGGGAAGUCUUCAAUUUCAAGGACAUCGGAUUUGACAUCUCUCUCACAUCGUCGGAUCUCCAACCUGAUGGCUGGGAAGUGCCCCCUUACAUGUGUGCCGCUGGUUGUGGUUCCGUUUUCAUCGUUAACACCGCUACUUUGUACGGUUCAGUCGAGAACGUUCCUUCGAAAACGGUUGACGCAAUACAAUAUGCUGGUCGAACGAGGAAGUCACUCCAGCAUACAGCUCUGCUUGUGUUUGGGCAAGACCAACACAAAAUACCUCACAGGUGUGGAAAUGCGGGCAAUGAUGCUUUUUACACUCUCGUUGUGUUUUUGGAUCUAAUGAGCGGUCUCACCCUUCCCGAGUUACGAGAAGAAUACGCCAGAGCUCAACUUCUCUUGAAUGGCGAAUCGCUCUCUUUGGCAGAUUCAAACGCCAAGAUCGUGCAAACGGUCCCACUCACCCCUAUCCCAUCUACCGACCAAGACGCUCCCACCCCAGACCCUGAGCCUGAAUACGAUAGCGACGAUGGGUUCAUGGAAGAUGAUAUGAUCCAGGGUAUUUUCUAUGAGGAUGAGAAAGGUAACCUGGUGGAAAUGGACGAUGAUUGGUAG